GUGACGCGGAGCGGCUGGCCCCGGCGCCAACUCUGGAGUCCAGAGGCAAGAGGGUGGACAUGCCGGGGCUCAUUCGCAUCCUGUCCCUGCUUUUGGUGCCGCUGCUACUGGGCUCUGAUUGCCACUUGAGUGACGCUUCCCCCAGGACUUUCGAGAUUGACUAUAAGCACGACCGCUUCCUCAAGGAUGGCCAACCCUUCCGCUACAUCUCCGGCAGCAUUCACUAUUUCCGAGUGCCCCGUUUCUACUGGAAGGACCGGCUGCUGAAGAUGAAGAUGGCGGGGCUGAAUGCCAUCCAGACGUAUGUGCCCUGGAACUUCCAUGAGCCCCAGCAGGGACAGUACCAGUUUUCUGGGGAGCAUGAUGUGGAACAUUUUAUUCGACUGGCACAGGAGCUGGGCCUACUGGUUAUCCUGAGGCCUGGACCCUACAUCUGCGCGGAGUGGGACAUGGGAGGAUUACCUGCUUGGCUAUUAGAAAAACCAUCUAUUGUUCUCCGUUCUUCUGAUCCAGAUUACCUUGAGGCUGUGAACAAGUGGUUGGGAGUCCUUCUGCCCAAAAUGAGGCCUCUCCUGUAUCAGAAUGGAGGGCCCAUUAUAACAGUGCAGGUUGAAAAUGAAUAUGGCAGCUACUUCUCCUGUGAUUAUGACUACCUGCGCUUCCUGCAGAAGAAGUUCCACUACUACCUGGGUGAUAAAGUGGUUCUGUUCACCACUGAUGGCGCGCAGGAAGCCUUCCUGAAGUGUGGGGCACUGCAAGGAUUCUACACCACGGUUGACUUCGGGGCAGGUGCUAACAUCACAGCUGCUUUCCUCACCCAGAGGAAGAGUGAACCCAAAGGGCCCUUGGUAAAUUCUGAAUUCUACACUGGCUGGUUAGACCACUGGGGUCAGCCUCACUCUACAGUGAAGACUGAAAACGUGGUGUCCUCGCUCUAUAACAUGCUUGUCCUUGGAGCAAGCGUGAACUUGUACAUGUUCAUAGGUGGGACCAAUUUUGCCUAUUGGAACGGGGCCAACACACCCUACCAAGCGCAGCCUACCAGCUACGACUAUGACGCCCCCCUGACUGAGGCAGGGGACCUCACUGAGAAGUAUUUUGCUGUGCGAAAUGUUAUUAAGAAGUUUGCUAAUGUACCAGAAGGUUUUAUCCCUCCAUCCACACCAAAAUUUGCAUAUGGAAAAGUUACUCUGGAAAAGCUGAAGACAGUGGAGGAGGCUCUGAGCAUUCUGAGUCCCGCUGGACCCAUACAAAGCCAUUAUCCCUUGACAUUUAUACAGGUGAAACAGUAUUUUGGGUUCGUCCUGUACCGAACAUGGCUUCCUCUAGACUGCAGCAAACCGACACCCCUCUCUUCACCUCUCAAUGGUGUCCACGAUCGGGCCUACGUCUCCGUGAAUGGGGUCCCCCAGGGAAUCCUUCAGCGCAACGAUGUGCUCUCACUGAAUAUAACCGGAAAAGCUGGCGCCACUCUUGACCUUCUGGUGGAGAACAUGGGACGGGUGAACUAUGGCAAGGACAUCAAUGAUUUUAAGGGUCUGGUGUCUAACCUGACGCUCAACUCCAGUAUCCUCACAAACUGGACCAUCUUUCCACUGAACACCGAGGAUGCCGUGCGCCGCCACCUGGGGGGCUGGGGUGACCGUCUCAGCGGCCCCCAUAAUAAAUCGAGUGCCCGAGGCUCAUCCAACUACACACUCCCAGCCUUCUACAGUGGCAACUUUUCCAUCCCCAGUGACAUCCCAGACUUGCCCCAGGACACCUUUAUCCAGUUUCCGGGAUGGACUAAGGGUCAGGUAUGGAUUAACGGCUUUAACGUGGGCCGCUACUGGCCAGCCCGGGGGCCCCAGCUGACCCUGUUUGUGCCCCGGCACAUCCUGGUGACAUCAGCCCCAAACUCCGUGACUGUGCUGGAGCUGGAAAACGCGCCCUGCGACGGGGACCCGCAGCUGUGCACAGUGCUGUUUGUGGACAAGCCAGUGAUGAAGUAGCUGCGCUGAUUUCAUCACCCUGUGAUCGCAACUCGCCACCAGACCACGGUGAUGGCUGAAGACUGUGACCCUUGGGGGGGUCUUGCACAUACCUCACACACCACCAUCUGAUUUGGGGGUUUGACUGGGGAACACGUAGCUUGUGUUUUUGCACCUGAGGUUGCCCUGCAGCCUGGCCCAGCGCUGUCCGGGGUCUGGUGGAUGGCGUCGUGGUGGGUAGCACAGGUGUGCUCAGAUGUGUCUCUAGAGAGUCAACAUGGAAGCUUUCAGUUUGUUUCUGCUUUUUGUUCUGGCGAAAUCAUGUCUUUUUGUUAAAUAAAUUUGUACUCAGUGGUACUGUUUUUAAUGUUCAGCUGGUAUUAAAUUUUUAGUUCUGGUUUAGAUCUUAACUAGACUUGAGUGGGCUGAAUAAGCCACUUCACUAACUCGAAGUUCAAAGGAAUAGAAAGUAGUCUUGGUUUGAUCUACUGGGCUGCUCUUCUGAUUCGCAACUUCCUUUUCAAUUUGUGAUAUCUCCUAUGAUACCUGAAAAUGAUUGUGCAAACAACCUAAAUAAUCAGUAGCUAGAAAUACAGAAUUUUUGGUGCUGUAGUGAGGCCAAUGUUUGAAUGUUUCUGUGAAAGUACUUAACGUGACAGAUUGUGUGAUACAAGCAAAUCUCCUUAAGUUUGGUCCCUUUUGUGUGCUUAGACCAAAACGCUCGGCCAGGGUACACACCAGUUACACUGUGUACGCGAGUGUGCACGCUGCACAGACUUGUGGGGACACACACGCCCAGCCAUGGGGCCCGCGUCCAUCUCUGUGGACCCCUUGCUUAUGCCUUGCUGCACUCUGAGCAGAUCACAUACUGAAUUCACUCAUCUCACAACUCAGAGGAAAGUACUAGCUUCUCCAGUUUACAGGGACACAUAGCUGUAAGUGACAGAGGCAGCAUUUGACCCAGGACGUCUGCUCUAGUUCAGGCAUAUCACGUACGUAAUAGAGCAAUACAUGGGUGUGUUUUCAUUGGAAGGAGUGGAACGACCUACACAAAAAUGUUAAAUGGUCACUUAGCCCCAGAUUGUUGGGUGAAUAAGCCCUGUAGAACAUCCUGUGUUAAGCAGCUUUACUGAAGCAUAAUUUACAUACCAUAACAUUCAUCGAUACCAAACUGCAAUUUGAUAAAUUUUGCUAAAUUUAUACUGUUGUUCAGACAUCAUCACCAGAAUCCAGCUUUAGAACACUAUUUCACCCCACAAAUUCUUUCAUGCAUGAAAUAGUCACUCCCUUCCUAACAAUAGUCAACGCAUCUAUUUUCUAUUUUUUGUAGUUUUGCCUUUUCUAAAAUUCCAUGGGACUGGGAUCACCAUGUGUUGUUUUAUUCAUCUGACAUCUUUGCACUUGUCAUAAUGUGUUUGAGGUUCACCCAUGGGGUAGCACAUUUAGUAAUUUAUCCCUUUUUCUUGCUGAGUAGUAUUCCGCUGCAUGGACAGAUCACAUUUUUUUACCUGUUUGUCAGCUAGUGAGCAAUUUUAACUGUUUCUAGUUUGGGGCUAUUGUGAAUAAUCCUAAUCUGAACAUUGAUUGAAAGCCUUUGUGUCAUGUUUUCCUUUUUCUUGAGUAGAUACCUAGGAGUAGAAUUGUUU